AUGUCCACGACAACAAUAGAAAGAAAGAAGCAUCUCACCACGCACGCAGACAAAUCCAGAAUAAUCGGACUCCUCCUUGCGAGUGUCCUUCGAAGUCGUCUCCUCAACCGCACUCUCAUCUCUGCCAUCUCCGCUUCCCUUCUUCUCCUCUUCGCCCUUCUCUCUUUGUUCGUUCCUUCCCCGACUCAGGAUAAUGCCCAAGUCAGAUCAAUGUUGGAAACAUAUCAGGAUUCGGUGUUUCGGGUUCCGAUAAUUGAUGCUGUCGUGGCUGCUUAUAUUUUAAAUGCUACUCUUAUUGUUCCAGAGUUGGAUCAUACAUCUUUCUGGAAAGACACCAGCAACUUCUCUGAACUAUUUGAUACACACUGGUUCAUAACAUUUCUGCGGAAUGACGUGAGCAUUGUAAAGCACCUUCCGAAUUUGGAAGGGAAGUUCGUGGCUCCAUAUACGCUGCGUGUUCCAAGGAAAUGCAGCCCCAAGUGCUACGAGGAUCGUGUUUUACCCUUGCUGGUCAGGAAGCGAGCUGUUCGGCUAACUAAGUUCGACUAUAGACUUGCUAAUAUGCUGGAUGAAGAUCUACAAAAGCUUAGGUGCAGGGUUAAUUACCAUGCUCUCAAAUUUACGGAUUCCAUUCAGGAAAUGGGUAAUUUGUUGGUUGAGCGGAUGAAAAUGAAGAGCAAGCAUUUCAUUGCACUACAUUUGAGGUUUGAACCAGAUAUGCUUGCAUUCUCUGGUUGUUAUUAUGGCGGGGGAGAAAAAGAAAAAAAAGAACUUGGUGAAAUUAGGAAACGGUGGAAAAAUUUACAUGCUAGCAAUCCUGACAAAGUUCGAAGACAUGGAAGAUGUCCACUCACCCCAGAGGAAGUUGGUCUGAUGCUAAGAGCACUAGGUUUUGGAAGUGACAUUCACUUGUACGUGGCAUCUGGCGAAAUAUAUGGAGGUGAGGAAACGUUAGCUCCCCUCAAGGCUCUUUUUCCAAACUUCCAUUCAAAGGAGACCAUAGCUUCCAAGGAGGAGUUGGCACAAUUUGUGUCAUUUUCUUCUCGCAUGGCUGCACUAGAUUUCAUUGUUUGUGACGACAGUGCUGUCUUCGUUACAAACAACAACGGUAACAUGGCAAAAAUUUUAGCUGGAAGAAGGAGGUACUUCGGUCAUAAACCCACCAUCCGCCCAAAUGCAAAGAAGUUGAACCAGUUAUUCGUGAAAAAAAAUAAUAUGACGUGGGAGGAAUUUGCCUCUCGAGUUCGAACUUUCCAGGUAGGCUUUAUGGGAGAACCAAAUGAGUUGAGGCCUGGCAGUGGUGAGUUUCACGAGAACCCGUCAUCUUGCAUUUGUCAAAACUCAUCAUCAGAGUCGGAGGUAAAAACUGAGGGAAUUUCCUACCUCCAAAAUCAAACACGUGAAUACUACGAAGUCAAUAAUACAAAAAACAAGGUUGAAGAGCAGGAGUGGUCUGAGGGAGAUUGUUUGAACAAUAAGAAAAAACAGAAUAGGCUCAAAGUAACUAAACUUGACUCACUUUCUCUUCUAAUGAGCACGGACCAAGCUGAAUUGCAAGAAUUCUUCUCUGAUUAG